UCAGACUUGAGACAUACUCUCUCUCUUUCUGCUUUCUUCUUCUUCUCUUCUUCGCAGCCUCUCUCUCUCAAACCCACCCCCACACAGCAAUCCUCUCUCUAAAUCUCGCAGAAAUUAAACUCCUUUUUACUCUUUUCCAUUUUCCCUAAAUUUUUUGAAUUUUUUUUCUAGGGUUUCAUUUUUUUGAGUGAUUGGAGCCCCCAAAUUCAGUUGAUUACUUCAUGGUUAGUAUCAUUUUAGUAGGUUACUUUGAUUUGGGGGAGAUUGGUUACAGUUACUGGAUAUCAAUUUGGAGUAAUUUUUUCAAGUGAAGAAGGGGAUUCAAUUUGGGCGUGUUUUUGGCUGUUUAAAGGUUCUUCCACCAGCAGUUCGUAUUGAUAACUGCUUUUCGGUAAAAUGCUCAGAUAGUGGUAGCUAUAGGUAUCUGUGACUGCUCUUUUGUUUGGGAGCUCAAUAUAGACUUCAGCAAGUGGACCUUCUCAUAAACGGAAGCAUCCUUGUGGGAAAACAUCCACCUAUUUAUCCUACUGAUGAGCACAGAUAAUUCGUUUUUUCCUGGGUGCUGAGACUAUUGAACCACAUCAGUUAGUAGUCAAAACUUUGUUGAUUUAUAUAAGAAAGUAGUUAAUCAUGCCUUCGUGGUGGGGCAAAUCUUCUUCCAAAGAAGUAAAGAAGAAAACAAACAAGGAGAGCUUCAUGGACACACUACACAGGAAAUUCAAAACUCCGACUGAAGAAAAAGGCACCGUUAUAACAGGAGGAUCUCGAAGACGUAAUAGUGACAUAGUUUCAGAAAGGGGUUCUCAAUCUCGAGCAGCAUCAAGAUCACCAUCACCGUCAUCCAAAGUAUCACGAUGUCAAAGUUUUGCAGAAAGGACCCAGGCACAACCGCUUCCGCUUCCUGGAGGGCCCUCUGCAAAAGUAGGUCGCACCGACUCGGCCCUUAGUGUACAAAGACCUGGACGUGAAAAAUCCUCCAAACCCUCAUUGUUUUUGCCUCUUCCAAGACCCGAUUGUAUUUCGAACAGGACUGAUGCCACUGAUGUUGAUGGAGAUUUGGCCACUGCUUCAGUAUCUAGUUCUACCUCUACUGAGAGUGAGGAUCCAUCCGACUCUCGUCUUGUUAGCCCUCAGGCAACUACUGUUGCCAACAGUCCUUCAAGGGGCACACUCAACAAGGAUCAGUUUCCUGCUGUCACUUUAAAGAACUCGAGAGAGUCAUUAAAGCCGGCUAAUUUAGUGUUCAAUCAUCCAGUUCUUUCAACCUCACCUAGGCGGGGCCCAUUAAGCAAUUAUGCCCCCACAUUGCAGAUCCCUCAAAACAGUGCUUUCGCCAGUGCUCCAGAUAGUUCUAUGUCAAGUCCUUCUAGAAGUCCUAUGAGAGGGUUUGGUACGGAGCAAGUUGCAAGCUCUGCUGCUUUUUGGGCAGGUAAACCUUACGAAGCUGCUCUUCUUGGAUCUGGCCACUGCUCGAGUCCAGGUUCUGGUCAUAAUUCUGGGCAUAAUUCAAUGGGAGGAGAUGCAAUGGCGCCGUUGUUUUGGCAGCAGAGCAGGGGUAGCCCCGAGUGUUCCCCAAUACCUAGCCCUAGAAUGACAAGUCCAGGACCUAGCUCCCGGAUCCAUAGUGGUGCUGUCACUCCUCUUCAUCCACGGGCUUGUGGAACAGUUACAGAUGCAACACCAAACUGGCCUGAUGAUGGGAAGCAACAAAGUCACCGUUUGCCACUUCCUCCUUCAAAUUCAUCUCCUUUCUCUCCAUCAAGCUCAGCUGCAGGAUCUUCUUCAGUUCCGCGAAGUCCUGGAAGGGCAGAGACUCCGGUACCCCCAGGAUCGCGCUGGAAAAAGGGAAAGCUACUAGGCAGAGGGACAUUUGGACAUGUUUAUGUUGGAUUCAAUAGAGAAAGUGGGGAAAUGUGUGCAAUGAAGGAGGUUACACUUUUUGCUGAUGAUGCCAAGUCAAGAGAAAGUGCGAAGCAGCUGGGGCAAGAAAUUAUCCUGCUGAGUCGGUUGCGGCAUCCAAAUAUAGUACAGUACUAUGGGACUGAGACAGUAGAUGAUAGGCUUUACAUCUACUUAGAAUAUGUAUCUGGUGGCUCCAUCUAUAAGCUCCUUCAAGACUAUGGGCAGUUUGGUGAACUAGCAAUACGUAGCUAUACCCAGCAAAUUCUUUCAGGGCUUGCUUAUUUGCAUGCAAAGAAUACAGUUCACAGGGAUAUCAAAGGAGCAAAUAUACUAGUGGACCCCAAUGGGCGGGUCAAACUAGCGGAUUUUGGGAUGGCUAAACAUAUUACUGGGCAGUCUUGUCCAUUAUCGUUCAAGGGAAGCCCUUACUGGAUGGCACCUGAGGUUAUAAAAAAUUCUAGUGGCUGCAAUCUUGCUGUUGAUAUAUGGAGCCUUGGAUGUACAGUUUUGGAGAUGGCAACUACAAAGCCUCCUUGGAGCACUUAUGAAGGGGUUGCUGCGAUGUUUAAGAUUGGGAACAGUAAGGAACUUCCCGCAAUUCCUGAUCAUCUUUCAGAGGAAGGUAAGGAAUUUGUGAAGCUGUGCUUGCAACGGAAUCCACUUCAUCGUCCUACAGCUGCUCAGCUGUUGGAACACCCGUUUGUGAAAAAUGCUGCUCCAGUUGAAAGACCGAUUCUCGGACCCGAGCCUUUAGAAUCUCCGGGGGUUACAAAUGGCAUGAGAUCUCUGGGCGUUGCGCAUGCAAGGAACCUUUCUUCCUUGGAUUCUGAAGGAUUAGGACCAGGGUCAGGAUUACAUCAGUAUAGGGGUGUAAAAACAUUUCUAACUUCCAGUGAUAGCCACAUGCUGAAAAACUUAUCAUGCCCAGUAUCGCCCAUUGGAAGCCCUCUUCUGCAUGGAAGAUCACCGCAACAUAUGAAUGGAAGAAUGUCGCCGUCUCCCAUAUCUAGUCCACGUACAACCUCUGGAUCAUCGACACCUCUAACUGGUGGCAAUGGAGCCAUACCAUUUCAUCAUUUGAAGCAGGGUUACUCCCAUGAAGGUUUUAGCAUUUCAAGGUCUCCAAACAGCCACUAUGGCAAUGGCUCUACCUAUCAUGACACAAAACCUGAUCUCUUUCGGGGGCUUCAGCCCUCAUCUCAUGGGUUCCGGGAAUUAAUGGCGUCAGAUAAAGAAGUUCGUGGAAAGCAAUUUGGUAGGCCUGCUCAUGAACACCAAAGGGAACUUUAUGAUGUACAGACAGUUUUGGCAGACCGUGUAUCUCAGCAGCUCCUGAGGGAUCAAAUAAAGUUGAACCCAUCUCUGGAUCUUAAUCCUGGCUCUCCAAUGCUCGGGCGCAGUAAUGGUAUGUAAUAUCGCAGACCCAUACAGUCCAAGCCUGACUCGUAAGCAAAUCAAAUGAUCUGUCCAGGUCGGUUCAUUUUGGGGGUUACAACAAACCCAUUUGUACAUUAAGGACCAGAAAAGGAAAGUCAAAAUUCAUGGAAUAAAAUUAUUUUGAAGCUGUGGCUGAAAAGGAGAAGAUGGUUCUGACAAGUGAAGUGACCGCGUUAUUGGGACUUGUUGGCAGAUACUAUGGGGAUUCAGAUUCAAGUUUGAUAUGCUUGAAGUCAAGUUUUCAGGUAAACUAACUUAUUGGAGAUUGACUAGAAAAUCCAUACUCUGAAGUGAAAAACGAGAACAGCUUACAGUAAUCAAAAUUUCAGCAGUUCUGAGAAUAGGCGAAAAAGCAUUCCUAGUAGUGGAAAGAACUGUAAAUUAUUAUAGGUCAUCAUAGCACAAAUGAAAAAAAGAAGAAGAAGAAAAUGAGCAUGUUGCAAAUAUACUAGUAGCACUUGGCACCAACUCUGUAUUUUUUGUUCUUUCCUGAUAUCUUGUUCUAAAAUUGGGUGUACAGAAGGUGGGAGGAGGAUUUUAAGGACUGGAUUUUUGCCAAUGUUAUGAAGAAUUUUUCGAGCCUCUACAAAAA